GUGGACGUUGAAAAAAUCUUUGCAUGUGACGAGACUGUACAUGAAUGGAGACUGUGCCGAAGCAGUUGAGAGACUCGCAGCUGAAUAGAGCUUUCACUGUGAGCUUUAUUCAUCUCUCCAGCAGCUGCAGUCAACAUCAGGUGACCUGCUUUCUGAAGUCGAUCUCUCUUUUUUUGUAUGUCUCCAACGAUGUAGACUGGCUUUAGAUCUGAAUGUAUUGAUGAUAACUGAAGGGAUUGUGUUGAAUUGUACACACACACAAAACAGAGGCAGAACUCAGCUGGUUUCGAUGUCCCUGUGAUCUUAAAGACACGCAACGCGAGCACCUCAGCGAUGUCCACUUUUGGGAAACUAACAGAUUACUUCCAACAUCGGAGAUCAAGAGCUGAUUUGGGAGUUACCAGGAGAGAUUCCAGAAGCAGCGGCAAUUGCGGCUGCGGGACCUCCGAGACCAGAUCUUUAGACAGGAAGUUGCAGCGGCCACUGCUGGCAAAGUCUCGAACCCUUCCCAGUAUUCCACAGUCACCAACUGUCACAAGAGCGCACAAAGAAUUGUUAUCUGACAGCAAUGUUGGCAGAACUCAAAGUAAAUUGUUGCUUACCACUGAAAGUCAAAAGGGAUAUCAAGUGCCAUCAUUUGAGAAAACCUGGAGAAGGGAGGAUGAUGGGGAUGAAAUCCCUGAAGAUACGAGCACCACAUGGAAUUUGGGAUCUGAAGUCAGUGAUUCACCCUUCACAUACUUUAGAUCCAGAUCAGUCUAUAUGAAGAAGAGUAUUUCAGUGGAUGAGCAUCUUGGCUGGUUGGAAUAUUCACAGGAUUCUUCAGAGAGCAAAAUGGAGAAAGUGAAGGUCAAUCUCAGAAGAAAAUUUAGUUUGGGGUCAGCAGACAAGAAAGAUUCACUUCAGAAAAGGCUCGAAAGCAGUAAAUUGAAAUUGACUCAGCGGUUUUGCCACAAGGAAAGGUACAGUCAGCACGAGAGUGCAGUGAAUGAGCAGUCCCUCUCCUGCCCCCGCCCACGAUCUCUCAGUUUAGACUGGUCCUCAUCUCCCAAGAUGACUCAACAGAUGCGGGAUCUCCAACUGAUUCACGGGAAGAAGCUAGCCUCUCCAUCCUCUCCUAAUGCAGCAAAGAGGUUAUACCGAAAUCUAUCAGGAAAGUUCAAAGUUAAUUAUACUUCAUUUGAUGAAACAAACUUGAUAGGACGAAAUGAAAAGAACAAGCAGCGGAAGUCUUGUGUGAAUUUUCAUAGUAAUGAGGCGGUCUUUGAGGCUGUGGAACAGCAGGAUCUUGAUGCUGUCCAGAUGCUCCUAAACCUCUACAGCACAGAGGAACUGGAUUUGAACACACCAAACAGUGAAGGGUUGAUGCCUUUGGACAUUGCAAUCAUGACUAACAAUGUGCCCAUGGCCAAGAUGCUUCUGCAAGCUGGAGCUAAGGAGAGCCCACACUUUGUGAGUUUGGAGAGCCGGGCCUUACACUUGACAACAUUGGUGCGAGAAUCUGAGCAGCGUGUGAGUGAGUUAACUACGCAGGUACUGAAUGAGACACCAAAUGCAAACUACACAGACAAAGAGAAACAGCUGAAAGCCUGGGAGUGGCAUUAUCGACUCUUCAAAAGGAUGAAAGCUGGCUUUGAGCAUGCACGAGCUCCAGAAGCACCAACCCACGUGCAGUUAUCUGUAGCCAGUAGCACCUCGUUGCAGGUGACAUUCCAUGAACCUCUCAGUGUCAACUCUGCAGUCGUCACAAAAUAUAAAGUUGAAUGGAGCACUUCUCAUAACUUCAGUUCAAUAACAGGAGAAGCCUUAUUGGAUGACAUGAAAAAUCUCCUGUAUACAAUGACAGGCCUUGUCACAGGGAUCUCUUACUAUGUCCGGGUGUCUGCCUAUAAUAUGAAAGGUUGGGGGCCCCCACAGAUAUCCACUCCUGCAUGUGCAACACCUUCUAACUGGAGAGAAUACAAUGGCAAGGAAGUGAAGCAUAGUGGCCAGACAGAGGCAUUGGAUCUACUGCUGAAUCAAAUCAAAAACAACCACCAACAUUGCCUGUGCCAUGAAAACUCAAAAAUCCAUCUGCAGGGCCGUAAACACUCUAUGUCCAAGAGCCUGAAACACCUUUUUCAACCAACAAGCAAAUUUGUUAAAACUCUCAAACGAGGAUUAUACCUAACAGUGAUAUUCCACAAGGAUAAUGACAUAAUUGUGACACAUGAAGAACAGAUUCCAGUGGUAGAGAUGGAUGAUUCAUAUUCAAGCUCACUGAUGCAAGAUUUUCUUUGGUUCACAAAGGUAUCAUGUAUGUGGGAAGAUAGUCGAUGGCUAGGUCAACGUAUGUGUCCCUCUUUAUCCUCCUGCUCAUCAGUACUACAGGCUCGCCAUAAGAUGCUUGUAGCAGUUGCUCAACUUCAGGGACUGCUUGGAACCCAAAAUCUUGGCCACGUGUACUUCGAACCCAUCAAAGACAAGCAUGGCAAUGUCCUGAUCGUAACCCUGAAGGAACUGAGCUCAUACCAGAGCCUAGAGAAUGUCAGAUGGAUUCCCCUGUCUAAGCUCCAGACUCAGCGCAAGUCACUAUCCUCUUCAGAAGAUCCCACAGCACUGGAUAUGUUGCUGUUAACUCUCCAUGAAAAGCUGGCCUAUCAUAGGAGAAGUAAUCAGACCCUUUCCCCAGGACUUUAUCUUGGUUAUCUAAAGCUCUGCAGCUCAGUUGAUCAAAUCCAUAUCCUUGUCCCUCAGAAGCUACCAAAUGUCCUGUGUCAUAUCAAGAUAAGAAACAAUCACAAUGUUUCCAGAGAUGAAUGGGAGUGGCUCCAGAACCUUUCAGAUUUGGACGAGGCCACUCAAACAGAUCCAAGUGAUGGAUGCUCCCAGAUCCUCUUCCAGCGAGAACUCAGGGCAGCCAUUUUAGAACUGAUGAAUCACAUUGGCAUUCCACUAGAACAGGCCAAAAAUUUCAGGCUGUACAGCCAAGAGGUGUUGGAUUUUGCAGACAACCUGUCCUUCCUUCUCCUUUUGCCACCAUCUGAUGAUGUGUGCACAGCCCCAGGACAAAAUAAGCCCAAUCCUUGUUCAGGGUUCCUCACACUGCCACUACAGAUUUUUGAACUGGUGCACUUCUUCACCUAUGACAAGUUAUUCAUUAGCCAGUAUUGCCAAGUCUCAGCGCUACUGGAGUUAGAUUUGCUCCUUUCCCAGCAGGCACUAAGGGAGGCAUUUUCUGACUCUGAGGUAGUUGCAGCCAAACAGAGGCAUCAGCAAGUCCAGGACUUUAUUCAGCAAAUGGAGGAGAUCUGGCGGGAUGUGCGCUGGAUAAUGGAUGUUCUACAGUACGCAAGGUACAAGCAGCCUCCGGGGGGCAUUCCAUUGACCUUGCUGAUGGAUUUUACCACAGAAAUAAGAAAGGAGAAUCUGCAAUCUGUUUCAUCCAACCUAGAUUACUUGCCCUCCCCAACCCCUUCCCCAGAGACUAAUCACAAACAUCCCACGGACUCUCAUGGGAUAUCAGACGAGGAAGGCUCUUCGGAAGUAUUUUUGGCCACGGACAGUGAUUAUGACUCCAGCCGAGCUCAGAGCCCUAGAGAGGUGGAUCUUAUCUGUUUAUCAGCCCUUGACUGCAGCAAAAGAUCUAGCCACAAUCUACGUGAUGGUGCUCCUGAUGUUCUUCAAGCACAUGAACUCAAAUCCCAACAAGUAAGCUGCAGUCGUGAGGACACAAGGCACACACCACUCUACGACAGUGAUUUUGUGCUUCCAAGCAGACAACUGGAGCUUUUGCAUAUAACAGAAAAAAGACAAGCUUACUGUGUCAGAACAAGCAGCUUUGAUAUUCCAACUCAAACCUUCCACGUUCAAAGGAAAUGUUGGUCACGACCCGAAUCCAUGGAUGAAUAUCCAACAGAACAAAAAUCCAAUGGAUCGAGUGUGAAUGGACCCAGGCCCUCCAUGUCCUUCAAUCCAAACACUCCUCUUCAUUCUAAUGAUAUUUCACGAUUGACGACUCAUUCCAAAACCCAAGAUUUUGCAGACUGGAUUAAUCCUCAUCAGGAAUCCCUGCAGAAAGAAGAACAAAGCUAUGAAGGGAAUAAACUUAAGUCUGCGAGUUUAAGAGUUUAUCCACAGUACCACACAGGAUUGUCCAAGGAAAUAAGUGUGAAGCUUCAUGUCACAGGCAGUACAUCAGCACGAGAGAUUGUUAAAUUGGUGAUAAAGGAAACAAAUGAGACAGCGAUGAAAAUGAAUGGAGACAAAGAUGCCCAGUUUUACAGAGAUGAUCAGCUCGAUCACUUUGGCCUAGUGUUAUCCAUGGACAACACAGAGAAAUGGCUACAGGAUGACUUCCUGCCCCUCUCCCUACAGAAUCCAUGGACCAAGGGAAGAUUGUAUGUUCGUAUUAAAGAGUAUUCUCCCCUAUUAUUGCAACAUGGGAAAGCAACAACUGUAUGAGAUGUAGAUGAGCUACAUCAUUGACGGGUGACAAUCCUUUUUCCUUUUGGAGAGCAUUACGGUAUCAACAAACCCACACAGGAACACAAGACCAAAAUAUUCAGCCUUGCUAAGGGCCUGAUAGGAAUUUAUUUCCUUGUCUCACCAAAGACAGAGUCUUUGUAUCAAAAUUAAAAGAUGAGGGGAGAGUAGGAAAGAUUUUAGGAUAGAAAUCUGUUUAGGCCGUGGUGCACAAUGGGUAUUAUUCUAUCAGCCGAUGCACUGUGCCUGAUACUCAUUUCCUUGACCACCUAUUUUACAUAGCACCAGAAAUGAAAUUCUAUCUUUUUGGUUCUUCAACUUCCAGGUUUUGAGGACUGAGGAGAGUGUUUUGGAAUGACUGUGAACCUUUCUGGGAAAGGUGAAAGCAGGAGGAAAAAGAUUAAUCAUUAUGUAAAAGUGACGCUCUGUGUAACUGCAGAGUUUCAAAAUACUUGCACAUUAAUCAAUCACCUGGAAUAUUCUGAAUCAGGAAUAAGGAGACUAUCCAGUGGAGUUGUUGAUCCUCCUCUAAAAUUCCCAAAAUUUGCAGCUGCUGUCUGUUCUGCAUUUCGUUACUGAUGCAAAGCAGCCUUCCUAUUUUUGUUUACAAAUCUAUGGUUGUUGACUGCAUCCAAAACCUAGCAUGAUCUGAUGUUCAGGAGGAUCACUGAGUAUCAUAUAAAAUGUUACUUUGUACUAAUUAUGGUGUAUAUGCAGACAAUGGAUUUUUUGUUUUGGUAUGUGUGGCGCAUUUUUUAAGUUUUAGAAAUGGAAUGGGCCUUUACCAAUCAGUACCAGCUUGUUUGCUCUUUACAUGGUUCACACUUCAUGAUGUCAGAUUCUUUCAGCAGUUUAUCACAUUUCCAUCUUUAGGAUCCUCCUUCUGUUUGUCGACAAGCCAAAGUGCACUCUCUAGGGAAUAUCAUCUACUCUUAAUUUCUCAAAUAAAAUGUAAUUGUUAAAUACAUGGGCACAUUUGUGCUAAUAUGAAAGAAGAGCUGAAAAACAUAUCCUGAUUCAAAGUUACAUCUUUGACAAUUUUUGAAAAACUCCUUACUAUCUUUAGUUUGGUAUUAAUGUGUUUCUGUGGAGUGUCUGGGAUCAUUUCUCUACAUGUUAAAAUGUUGCAAAUAUAGGCAGAAUAUUCCAUGUGCUACUCCUGCUCCAAAAUAUAUUUGCAACAUGAAUCAAGCAAAUCACUGGCAUAGCUUGGCUUCAUGCAGGUGUAAGAGCUACUCACCAUUGCUGUUUACACAUGAAUGCUCCUCUAAGUGAUGAAAGGAAUUGUUUUGACUAAGAGCAUUCAGUUUAAUUCAGAAAUAUUUUGCUGAAAUCCCUUUAUGGCUAGUAAUUGAUUUGAUCCUAUUCCCCUAAAAACUAUGUAAAUGAACAAUUAUAGUAAGGUAUAUUCGCCAUAUAAAACUAUGGAAUUAAAUUUAUUUUGGUUCAACUUCUGAAGAAGUCAUACUGGACUUGAAAUGGUAACUGUUUCUCUCUCCAGAUGUUACGAGACCAGUUAGGUUCUCCAGCGCUUGCUGCUUUUAUUUCAGAUCUCCAGCAGCAGUAGCAGUUUGAUUUUGUUUUAUAGAUUGUUGGUAUACUUGCCCAAUCAUUACUCCUCAUUUUACAGUUCAUAAAUAUUAUACUCAUUUUUUAUAAAACAUCCAGUAGCAGGUUAUAUUAAAGAAAGCAACAUAGGACAUUGUAGCAAAUUACAUUUUUAGUUAACAUUGAUACCCCUUCAUUCAGCAGGAGAUUAUAAAUUGAUAAACAGCAAUAGUCUUAGACAGAGAAAUGAAAGUGUUUGCUUUAGUGUGAAAACUACUUAUAUUCCCUUGCAAAAUCUUUCUUGGCUUGUUGGAAGCAAUUUUGAAAUCUCCACGUGGAGCUAACUAGCAGAACCUAAACUAUAAGUAAAGAGCUUCCCACCUUAAAUCCUGAAAAACAGUUUUAUUUUUCUGACUGAAAGCUCCACCAGAGGCCCAAACAUCCUUGACCAUUGCUAUACAACCAUCAAAGAGACCUACCACUCCAUACACGUCCACAUCUUGCAAAAUCAGAUCACGACACUGUGUUCCUCCUCCCAUCUUAAAAGCAGAAGUUGAAAUGAGAGGAUUCUUCACAGAAAGUAGUACAGUGCUGGUCUGAGGCAGCAGAAGAGCUUUUCCAGGACUACUUGGAAUCAGUGGACUGUACCAUAUUCAAGAAUUCAGCAGACAACGUAGACAAGUAUGCCACCACUGUCAUGGACUUUAUUAGCAAGUACGUAGAGGACUGUGUGCCAAAGAAGUCAAUCUGUGAGUUCCCUAACUGAACACCUUAGAUGAAUCGGGAAAUCCGCUGCCUACUGAAGACCAGGUGUGUGGCAUUCCAGACCUAUACAGGAAAUCAGAUAUGACCUCUACAAAGCUAUUAGAAAUGCCAGAAGGCAAUACUGGACCAGCUAAGAAGUCACAACUAACCCCAUGGACACCUGCCCCCAUGCCAAGCCCUACACAACAUAAUGGAACACAAAAUGAAGCAGGACAAAAUAGCAGACAAAAACACAUCCCUCCUUGAUGUGCUCAAUGCUUUCUAUGCUUGGUUCGAACAGAAUGCCAACAGCAUGGUGUCACCUGUCCCAGAUGCACCUGUUCCUCCUGUCACCGCUGCUGAUGUCAGAUCGGUCUUGUAGAGACCGAGCAAAGUGACUGGCCCAAGCAGAGUGUCUGGCCAUGCACUGAGAUCCUGUGUGGACCAGUUGGUGGAACUAUUCGCUGGCACCUUCAAACUCUCCUUGCUAUAAUCUGAAGUCCCCACCUGCUUCAAGAAGACCACCAUUAUCUCAGUACCAAAGAAAACACAUGCAACGUGUCUCAGUGACUACCACCCAAUGGCUCAGACCUCCAUAGUCAUGAAGUGAUUCGAUAGAUUAGUCAUGGCCCACAUCAAUUGUAGCCUCUCAGCCAGCCUCAAUCCCCUACAAUUUGCCUACUGGUGAAACAGGUCCACAGCAAAUGCCUUUUCCCUCGCCCUACACUUAUCCCUGGAACAUAUGGAUAACAAGGGCUCUUACGUCAGGCUCCUACUCAUUGACUACAACUCUGCCUUCAACACCAUAAUCCCUUGCCAGACUAAUCUCAAAAGUCCAAGAUUUAGAUCUUGGAUCUGCCCUCUGCAACUGGAUCCUCAGCUUCCUGAUGCACAGACCACCAUCAGUGAAGAUAGACAAUAGCACCUUUUCCACGAUAAUUCUUGAUUAUGGCACCUCACAAGGAUGUGUAUUAACCUCUCUAUUGCACUCCCUCUACAUCCACAAUUAUGUAGCCAAAUUCCAGAUGAACGGCAUCUACAAGUUUGCUCAUGACACUACUAUUGUAGGCCAGAUAUCAACAAACAACGAGUCAGAACACAGGAAGGAGAUAGAGUGCUUGGUGGUAGUGGUGCAACAAUAACAAUCUCUCUCUCAAUGUCAGUAAAACAAAAGAACUGAUCAUCGACUUUGGGUGAAAGGAGGAACACACACCCUCAUCUACAUCAAUGGAGCUGAGGUGGAGGGGGUUGAAAGCAUUAAGAUCCUAGGAGUGACAAUAAUCGACAAUCUGUCCUAAACCUCCCACACAGAUGGCAGUGGUCAAGAAAGCACAACAAGGCCUCUUCUUCUUCAGGAGGAUUAGGAAAUUGGCAUGCCCAUAAUGACCCUUCCCAAGUUUUACAGACGCACUAUAGAAAGCAUUCUAUCUGGAUACAUGAUGGCUUGGUAUCGCAAUUGCUUUGCCCAGGACCAUAGGAAACUACAGAAAGUUGUAUGCACAGUCCAGAUCAUCACGGAAGCCAACCUCCCAUCCUUGGACUCUAUCUAUACUUAUUGUUGCCACAGAAAGACUGCCAACAUCAUCAAAGACCCAUGCCACUCCAAUAAUACUCAAUUUCAACCUCUUCUGUCAGGCAGAAGGUACAGAUGCUUCAACACAUGCACCAAUAGGUUCAAGAACAUCUUCCUUCCUUCUGUUAUCAGACUCCAGAAUGGAACUUUCUAAUUUCAAAUCUAAUAUUGACCUUGCUUUUGUGCACCACUUGUGCAGUUGUAAUCCUGUAUGCCUUGGUCUGUCUAAGCACCCUAUAAUCUGUAUGUCCUUGUUUGCCAUGAUCUGCCUGUACUGCUCACAAAACAAAACUUUUCACUGUAAUUGGUACAUGUGACAACAAUAAAUCAAAUCAAAGAUAAACUUUGAGAUCCUCCAUAAAUUCAGCAACUCAUUCCAGUGAUUUUAGCUGCUCUAUAAUUGUCAUCAGCCUCCCUGUGUAGGAAAUUGCAGAUGAAAGACACUUCAGCCAGGUUUAUACAUUUGACCCAUCCAUUGACUGCUGCUGGAUUGUGUGUCUUUUGAUCAGGAUACUUGUCAUAAACUCACUGCCAAGUUUGGCUGUCUAGACUAUGACAAUGAUCCUGACUUACAAAGUACUUGUUAGUUAGCUCAGUUGACUGUAUAGCUGUUUUGUGAUGCCACCAGUGUGAGUUCAAGUCCCAUACUUGCUGAGAUGAGGGGUACAGACAGGGUGGAUAGCAAAAAGCUUUUUCCCCAGAGUGGGGGACACAAUUACUCGGGUCAUGAGUUCAAAGUGAGAGGAGGAAAGUUUAAGGGAGAUAUGCGUGGAAACUUCUUUACACAGAGGGUGGUGGGCGCCUGGAACGCGUUGCCAGCGGAGGUGGUAGACGCAGACACGUUAGCGUCUUUUAAGAUAUAUUUGGACAGGUACAUGGAUGAGCAGGGAGCAAAUGGACACAGACCGUUAGAAAAUAGAUGACAGGUUAGACAGAGGAUCUUGAUCGGUGCAGGCUUGGAGGGCCGAAGGGCCUGUUCCUGUGCUGUAGGUUUCUUUGAGAUUACCAUGAAGGACUCUCCUUCUCAAACUCUCCCCUUGCAUGAAGAGUAGUGACCCUCUCUGGUUAAACCACCACCAGUUGCUCAGAUAGACUUAUUGUGUGUUAAGACUAUGGUGCCUUGACUGUCAGUGAUUUCAAGAAUGAAACAGAUUCAUACCUUUUCAGUUUCCUUGGUUGAUGUGUUUACUAUUGCUGCACCUCACCUAUAUAGUGUUUUUGUGCUUUAUUACAUGUCGAGGGGAGCAGGUGAUGGUACCUGGUUACAUUCUCUCUUCCCACUCAACUUCCCUUUGGGAAUCACUAAUUCCUCCUUCAGAGCAGUGUUUUUUAAACAGUGGCCCUUACAGGUUUGCUUAGAAAGGUAAUUUUCUCUUCCCAGCUCUACAGUCUGUUCCAUAACUGCAGUCUCUCUCAUGUCUGUUUUGAACGUCAGUUUCAUAUCUGUGGUCACUGAAUCACCCCUCAAUUUUAUGCUCCAUCUCGUGUCUCUGGUCAUUUUCUCACUCCCUGCUUUUAUGCUUUGUCUUACAGCUGUAUCUGUUGUUUUGUAAGACAGUCAGAUUGUUAGCCAAUAUUCAGUCACUUUAUGUUUGGCUAAGCUUGUAUCCAUUGUUAUUCAUUCUGCAGAGUGUAAUCUCAUAGUUAUAGAACAUAGAACAUAGAACAUUACAGGCCCAUCGGCCCUCGAUGUUGUGUCGACCUGUCAUACCGAUCUCAAGCCCAUGUAACAUACACUAUUCCAUGUAUGUCCAUAUGCUUAUCCAAUGACGACUUAAAUGUACCUAAAGUUGGCGAAUCUACUACCGUUGCAGGCGAAGCGUUCCAUUCCCUUACUACUCUCUGAGUAAAGAAACUACCUCUGACAUCUGUCCUAUAUCUUUCACCCCUCAAUUUAAAGCUAUGCCCCCUCGUGCUUGCUGUCGCCUUCCUAGGAAAAAGGCUGUCCCUAUCCACCCUAUCUAACCCUCUGAUUAUUUUAUAUGUUCUCUUUUGUUUGCGAGUAGAGUAACUUCAGACAUAACAACAACCAUUAAUUUAUUUUUGUAGUUCCGCUGUCUCUCCACAGUGCUGUUUUUUCCAAUCUGAUAUUAGUUCACUGACUGGUCAUCUCAAACCAUGGGACAAAGACAAUGGACUAUGUUUGCUGAGAAAACCGUGAGAUAAGAGAGUAAAGCUAAUGAGAAGAAAACCUGAACCAGGAGCCAGUAAUGUCUUUCUGACUUGAUUGUGAAAAAACAUGAAGUGAAGAGAUCAGCAUUCAGUGUGGAUCAAGCAAUGAGAAAAAUAUGGACAGCAAGGAUUGACCAUCUAUUGUCCUUGCUCCUGACUCCUGUCUGCAAACCUAAUGUUAUCCUUACCCCAUGUGGCUAGGGUUUGUCAAUGAUAGAUGGGACCAUUAACAGUAGUAGCCUGUUGUGCUGAUUGGCAUUGCUAGGCAGCCACCACCCCCAUGGAAAGUCCAGAAUGUCCAACAGCUGUUCUGAGUGGUAUUGUGGAUGGUAUUUCUGCCAGCAGGUUUGUAAAUGCUGGGAAAGCCUUGAUGCUGACCCCUAGCACUUAAUUCGGUAAGGUCUCCUCUCACCAAAGCAAUGCAGGUCUCCUGCUGGUUCACCAACAAGAACAGUGAAUUCAGCCCAAUAGUCCAUCUGAAGCUGAACAAGUGGUUUAUAAAGAUUUAUCAUAUGUUGCUUUUAAACUUUCUGCUCCAAUUAGUAAAGCUGAAAAUGCCACCUGAUUUAUUACUCACCUUUCCAAACGGCCUUGUCACCUUCAGAGAUUUGUGCAGAUAUUCUCAAGGUAUAUUCAUGCACCCUUUAUAAUUGUAUCCUCUAUUUGAUAGCAAAUAUAUCACUACUUGUUGGAAUCCAUCACAAUCCUCAUAGUUCACAAUUCGUCCAAAUUUAGUGUCAUUUGCAAAUUUUGAAAUUAUGCUUUGCCAAGUCCACGUCUUUAAUACAAUUUAAAAAGCAGUGGUUAUAGGGCCAACUCCUGGAACAAACCAUAUCUUCAUACAAUGUAAAAUACAAAACAAUACGCCAGCUUCUGGUCACUCAGCCAAUUUUGUAUCCAAUCUCUCACUAUCAUAGAAUCAUUCAGCACAGAAACAGACCCUUUGAUCCAAUUUGUCCAUGCCAACCAGGUGUCCUAAACUGAACUGGUCCCAUUUGCCUACUUUUGGUUCAUAUCCCUGUAACCUUUCCUACCCAUUUACCUGUUCAACUGUCUUUUAAAUGAUGUAAUUGUAUUGGCCUCUACGACUCCCUCUGGCAGCUUAUUCCAUACACAGACAACCCACUGUGUGAAAAGGUUGCUCCUCAGGUCCCUUUUAAAUCCUUUCCCCCCUCACUUUAAAUCUAUGCCAUCUAGUUUUGCGCUCGCCCCAGUCUUGCGGAAGAAAGACUUUGGCUAUACACCUUAUCUAUGCCCCUCAUGACUUUUUAAACUUCAAUAAAGUCACCUCUCAGCCUCUGAUGCCCCAGGGAAAAAAAAAUUCCCAGCCUAUCCAGCAUCUCCUUAUAACUCAAACCCUCUAGUCCUGGCAACAUCCUUGUGAAUUGUUAUGUACAACAUCCUUUCUGUGGCAGGGCGUCCGGAACUGUAUGCUGUUUUCUAAAAGUGGCCUCACCAAUAUCCUAGAUAAUAAAAUGUGAGGCUGGAUGAACACAGCAGGCCAAGCAGCAUCCCAGGAGCACAAAAGCCAACGCUUCGGGCCUAGACCCUGUGUUCAUCCAGCCUCACAUUUUAUUAUCUUGGAAUUCUCCAGCAUCUGCAGUUCCCAUUAUCUCUCACCAAUAUCCUAUUUAGCUGCAACAUGGCAUCCCAACUCCCAGAUUCAAUGCUAUUAGUCUACACACCUUCAACUUUGCUAACAAGCCUAUUAUGUGGCAUUUUGCUAAAGUCACUCAUAGGGUUCUACUUCUUCAAACGCAAUCACAUUUUGUUGCCUCAAAAAAAACCAAAUCAAGCUACUCAGUAAAUAUUUCUAGUGCUAAAUUAGAGAAACUUUUGUAAAGUGGUGCAUACACAUUUAGAACAAACUGCAAACUCUUUUCAUGCAGCAUGCUUAAAACCAGCAAACAACUAUUUUAGCUUCCAUCAGUCUACACUGUACUGAUUUCAAAGUGAGAGGAGGAAAGUUUAAGGGAGAUAUGCGUGGAAAGUUCUUUACACAGAGGGUGGUGGGCGCCUGGAACGCGUUGCCAGCGGAGGUGGUAGACGCAGACACGUUAGUGUCUUUUAAGAUAUACUUGGACAGGUACAUGGAUGGGCAGGGAGCAAAUGGACACAGACUGUUAGAAAAUAGAUGACAGGUUAGACAGAGGAUCUUGAUCGGCGCAGGCUUGGAGGGCCGAAGGGCCUGUUCCUGUGCUGUAGGUUUCUUUGUUUCUUUGACUUAUUAUUCUAUCCUUUGCUGACAAUAAACAUUCCUUUCAUGAGCAAAAGACAUCCAACAUUGUUAGGGAUGGCAAAUAAGUGCUGACCUAAUCAGUGACACCCACAUCCCUUGAAUGAAUUUAAAAAAAGAUUGGUUUCAGACAGACGGGUUUCAGUAUAAUGCUUAAGGCUUAUUCAGAGGGGGCAAAGCCAGAGGCUGGGAAGAACACAGGACAAUGAAACUUACCGAAAUCAGCACCUGAGAAAAACUGAACAAAUCUGCUUCAAAAUAUGAUUUCUAAAAAGCCCAUUAGUUCUGGCAGAAUUUCGCUUUAAAGAAGAGCAUUUGUGAGCGCAAAUCAUCUGUAUUACAAAUAAACCAAAAGAACUAAUGGUUUUAAUACAUGUUGGGCAUGCAUGAAAUUCUCAGCUCUCUUCAUUAUGUCUAGAAAAAAAUCCAAGACGAAAUCAUGUUUUCAACAAUUGAAAUUUAAUGAUUGUUUCUUUUUGACCGUAUUUUGAUGACUGACUUUAUUUGUUGUUGUUGAUUAGUUACUUUAAAUACAAUGGUGUGAGGCAUGUGUGAAAUGCUGUGCUCUGUUUGGUGUCAAUUCAACUCAGUCUUUUAAGCUGAUUAAAAACU